AUGCAGCGAUCGCUACCGUUGCCAGAGCCCUGGCCAGCGGCGGCGGCCUCCGAGUCAUCUAAUAAUGACUAUGAUGACUCAGAUGACUUCAAGUUGUCGUUGGACCUAGCGUACGGUCAGAGUCAUGAUGACCGUAGUAGUGAUUGGAAGGCCCUACCGUAUCCGAGUCAUGAUGACAGAUCGCAGCACAGUCACAUUUUCCCUGGCGCACAGGGUGACCUAGCACUCGCUAAUCCCACCAGUUUUUCCAACGCCGAUUUAUACACUUCGAGUUCUCCUCGAGAGUCUGAACCUUCCUUCCACUCAGACUCGGUCGCCCACCAGGCAUCCUUGGCGGGCGUGCCAGGUUUACAAACCAUUUCUGACAGUUUCAGCAUGGACCGACGUCAGGGUCAGUCGCAGUUGUACCGGCAGCAGGAGGCUCAGAAUUAUGAGGAUUGGGUGGCCUUAUCCAAUUCGUCGCGUAUCUGGUUGCCUUACAACGUACCUGGCAGUCGUAGUACUUUCCUUGGCACACAGCACCUAGAUCCAAACAAAUUUUAUGCCAAUUGUUACUCUCCUCAAGAGCCUGGACCUUUCCAACCCUACUCGGACUUGGUCACUCACCAGGCGCCCUCAGAACCACGUGUAGCUAAUAGUUUCAGCGUGGACCGAUCUCAGAGUCAGCAGUUGCAGCGACAGUGGGACGCUCAGAGUCAUGAUGAUGAUCGCCGGGAGGCCCUACUUGGCAGAUCGCAGAGUACCUCAGGCUGGUCGCCAUACAAUAUAUCUGCCAGUGGCAGUCAUACUUCCCCUGGCACACAGCACCUAGCACUCGCUGAUCCCACCAGUUUUGGUGCCGAUUCACAUACUUCAAGUUCCUCUCGAGAGCCUGGGCCUUCAAAAUCCCACUCCGACUCGGUCACCCACCAGGUGCCCUCAGGCACGCCAGCUGAUAGAGUCAGUGGUGUCGAAAUCGACACAAGACUCCUAACAGUACCUCGACUCAACAUCAGCUUGCCAUUACAUUGGUUUAAUCCAUAUUGUAGACCUGGCGCCGUCCAAGCUAGUCGUGAUCCAAUACUUUUGGACUCCAACUUGGAAAUGGUUGGUCCGAGUCAUAGUGUAACAGUAACACCUCCGCCCCUGCCGUUGCGGCGGGGCCUCUAUUCCCUACCGAUGCUAUUACUACGAUCCCGCGAGCAUUUCACGUGUUUUAUAUUCAACGAUCGUGACGGCUUCCUCAUGGAUGCAGACACCUUGAAAGGUCAUGCACGUCGCAGCUUAGACGCAACGUUCGGACAAAAUAAUCGCAAGUGUCUCGAAUUACUCGAUCUCAAUGGCUAA